UUUAACCUUCCUUUUUAAAAAAAUGUUGUUACCCAAGUGUUUGACUUGGUUCUAGUGUGAUCCAAAUCAGUGGCUAACAUCGUAUCUGGAUUGUGUGAUCUCGUUUUCUAUGCAGGUACAGAGGAUCAACCCGGAAUCCGUUCCAGUCUCCAAUGACAGCGGCGGCGGCAAUGGCAGCGCCGCCACCAGAAAGCUAGCAGAACCUGUACCGUCACCCACACCAAGCAUGGACGAGCGCGACGGCGCCCCGACUGUCGACGCUGACAGCUCGAGCCUCGCGUCCUACCUCGUCCGCGCCUCGCUCGAGCAGCACCGGCCAGGAGGGCGUCCGGCGUCCUCAUCCGCUGCCAUCGUGAGCGACCACCAACCGUACAACGCCACCGCGUACUCAUCCCAUGGAGUCAACAUCAGCGGCUGCCUCUACAACUUGGCCGCCCAAGCCUCCCAAGGAUCCAACCUCAACGGCGGGCUCUACAACUUGGCUGCCCAAGCCUCCGAGGCAGCCAACAGCCUCGGCGGCGGGCUCUACAACCUCACCGCCAAGGCCACCCAGGGAGCCGACCUUUGUGGCGAGCUCUACAACCUUGCCGCCCAGUCUACCCAGGCAUCCAACAGGCUCGGCAGUGGGCUCAACAACCUCGCCGCCCAUGCCACCCAAGCAUCCAACAGCCUUGGCGGCGGGCUCUACAACCUCACCGCUCAGGCCAUUGAGGGAACCGACCUUGGCGGCGGCAGCAGCAGCAGUGACAUCGCCAUUGCCGCGCUGGAAGACCCUGCGCCGCUCAAGUGGGGCUGCAAGAAGUGCUCGCGCCCCUGCCGCGAGGUGCCCGCUGUCACUCCUGCACCCGCAUUGGUGCCUGCUCCUGCGCCAGCAACGGUGCCCACUCCAACGCCUGAGCCAGAGCUGACCCCCGCUCAGGCGCAUCGCCGGGGAAUCUUAAGGAUCAAAAACCGCCCGACGGCGCAAGGCCAGGCCCAGCCACGAGCGAAAGCGGAGAAGUUGAUGCCACCGCCGAGCGCCCGCGGCCCCGCCAUCCUUGACACCUCGCCUCAGACUCCUCGCACCACCACCCUCUCGCCGCUGCCACCUCGCGCCGCCACCCUCUCGCCACUACCACCUCGCGCCGCCACCCUCUCGCAGCACAGAUCAUCCGCGGAGGACCCUCAUGCCGCUGACGGCGAGCAGCAGCAAGCGGCGGACAAGGCGCCUGGCACCACCGAGGAGGAGCCGGCGCCCAAGGUGCAUGAGCCUAAGCCGCCGCUGCCGCAGCCGAGGCGCCAGCCGUACCGUCAGGCGGCGGACAAGGCGGCUCACGCCAGCAACGGCGAGCAGGAGCCGGCGCCCAAGGCGGAGCCUAGGACGCCGCAGCCGCAGAGGCAGAGGCAGCAGCCGCCGCGCCAGGCGUCGAUGAAGGAGAAAGGCAAGGCGCCGAUGGUGCAGGAGCCUCCCGCGGUGGCGCCGCACGUCGCGCAGAGGGCGGCGGCCGCCGCGGGGGAGGCCGUGGCCCGGCCGCCGGUGCCGCGAGUCGCGACCCAGCUCACCCGCAAGGAGAAGGAGGAGGACUGGUUCGCGAUGACCGGCAGAAGGCUGCCCUACCGCCCCCUGCAGCGCCACCCCAAGGCCGUCGAGGACAAGCUCCAGAAACUGUUCCCGGGGCAGACGCUGCCUGAGGUGACCAGGGCCAGGUACAUGGUGCGCGAGAAGAAGCAAAAGAAGCGCCCCGGCCUGCAAGCAAUGGCGGAGGACGUCCUGAGGUCCGAGAGGCACGACUCCGACGAUGAUGCGGCGGGAGAAAAAAACCAUUUUGGCGUCGCCGAUGCGGAGGAGCGUGGUAGCCGGAGGAAGAGGGGUUGAAGGCAACAGUAGAUUCAUGGGCAUUCUAUGAGCGUCAGUUGAAACAAAAAAACCAAAAAAGAAAUCUAGCCGGCAUUCCGCUCUUUUCCUUUUCUGAAGACUUUCGUUCGUUCGUGUUGUCGAUGACAGACGGUUCGUUGAUUUACAAAUGGUCGGUCGAAGCCCGCCGCCGCUGUUUCCGCGCCUCCAUGGUGGGGGCCGGGGUGGCGGCGGGCUAUGCAUAUUUACCAGACUUGGUUCCAGACUUGCAUAGCCUGGGGAAGAGCUUGGAAGAGGAAACAAACCUUU